CAUAGGGCAUAGACAUUGACUCACAGAACACCGUUCACGCACGUGCACGUGUAUCUCUAAAAACAUAACCAACCUUAUUCUCACUCUGUAGUUUUAUUUUUUGUUUACUGAGAGUAAGUAAUAAUCUAAAAAUGGGAAAAAUAAAGCCAAGAUUGGGUAGCCGUAAAAAAGCCAAAAGAUGGCCUAAGGGACAAAGUUCCAGUUCAAAUCCUGAAACCAAACAACACCGGGAUCAAGCGCGAACCAGAUUCUUUCAAGAAAAUUUUGGUCCUGGCGGUCUAACCUCAGAUGCUCUUCAUAAGCAUGAUGCUAUACAAGGCACACAUCAAAAUGUACAAAAUAUUGAAAUUGAUGACGAUGAUGAGACGCAAGCAACAACUAUUAAAACUUUCAACACAUUUGCCAGCGAUUGGAGUAGCUGUUCGAACAUUUCCUUCAGCAGAUUCUUGAGUGGGUUUCAAGCUAGUUCAGCCAUGCAUAAGGAAAUGUUGGCAGUUUUAGCUGCAGUCACCGAGGUCAUAAAACAAAACGGAGGAACCGAAUCUUCUACUGAAUAUUACGCAGCAUUGAUGACAACACUAGAAGCAACAGAGACUGAGGAAUCAGUGGCAGCCGUAUUAUCACUGUUGGGAAUGGGUUUGAAGACAGUUCCAAUAAGUGUCCUUAGACUGCAGUUUAGCCAAGCUAGCCAAACCUUUCUUCAAGUAUUGGAGAAGUAUGCGACUAGCGAGAAUUUUCUGAUCCAGCGAACAUGCAUUGGAUGUCUUUCCAUAUUAUUGAGAUCUCAGGAAGCCGCAGUUUGGUCAAGUUCGUCAACCGUGCGAAUACUUGAUGCAAUACUAGUGUUUACAGUUCACUCCAAACCAAAAUUGCGAAAGGCUGCUCAACAUGCAGUAUGUUCAAUCCUCAAAGGAAGCCAUAUAAUGAAGAACGACAAUCCACCUGCAUAUCAUCCUGCUGCGUCUCAAGUUGCAAAACAUUGUCUGGUUCAGCUGGAAAUGGCCAGUCAACCAGGUGGAAUUACAGCAACUCUGCAUGUCCUGACUAUGCUGAAAGAAAUCAUGCAUCAGCUCCCCAAAUCCCACGUUAAGGUUAUUUGUGAAGAACUGCUCAAAAUAAUGACGAUGAAUAAUUUGCUCUUCACUUCCUGCUGUCUACAAGCCUUCCACAGUUUGUUUAUAUCGAAACCUUUGGAAACAACAUUACCACCUACCUUAAAUGCUCAGAUCAUCAAUGCUCUGUACGAUUAUCAGCCAGCGCCUGGAGACACACAGCCGACUUUAGCGUGGCUUGCCGUAAUGCAAGAAGCACAUUGCAAUCUCGUUCAAAAUUCAUUGCAACUAUGUGCAGCAAAUUUACCCAGAAUUUUGGAAAAGUGUACAGAACUUUGGUUGUCUGAUAGGUCUGAGGUAUUGAGUGGUGCAUCACACACUAUUAAAACACUUUUACAAGAUUGCGUUGCGCCUUUGUGCAAAUACGAAGACGGUGAAAAAAAGUACAAGACUGCGAUAUCUAAAUCAAUUCAUAUAAUUCAGCAAGGAAUGAAGUACCAAUAUCACUCUGCGUGGCAUCACGUUCUCCACUUGCUUGCCAUUAUUUUCCAGAUUGCAGGCAAAACCUGUCAGGAUCAAUUGUUGGAAAUAUUAGUCGCGCUCGCAGAACUGAGGGAUUCGUAUAAAUUUUCAUACAAUUCCGAAGUCGAGUAUGCCGUUGGAGCUGCUGUUCAGUCCAUGGGUCCUGAAAUUGUUCUGAACACAAUUCCACUACAGACUUCCACAGAUACCAUAGAUUUGAACAGAAGUUGGCUCUUGCCAACGCUGAAGGAGAACAUCGUUCAAGCCCCACUUUCCUAUUUUGUGAAGUCAUUACUACCGCUGGCUACAAUGUGCGAGCAGAAAUCAGUUGCUCUGAAGUCCAUGAAUGAUGGAAUUGGCUCUCACAGUUAUCAGCUGUUGACAUCGCAGAUUUGGGCUUUGCUUCCAAAUUUCUGCAACAACCCAGGUGAUACGAAAGACAGUUUCAAGAGCAUUGCUAGAAUCUUGGGAAUUGCUAUAAGUGAGCGAAAAGAUCUGAGGUUAUCAGUUAUGGCAUCGAUACGAAAACUUAUAACCAGAGCAACUGAUGAUGGCAACAAAGGAGACAUUGAGGAGUUGGCGAAAUUCGCCAAAAACUUUCUUCCUUUGCUAUUCAACCUUUAUACAAGUAAACCAAACGGUUCUGACGAAGAAGGUCAACGUCUUGCAGCACUAGAAACUAUCAAGAUAUAUUUGACAAUAAGUAGUAAAGAAUUAGCAGCUGAACUUUUCGAUCGCGCAUUGGAACGGAUGCAGUCUUCUGAUACCGAUCGCUUCGUAAAAGAGAGUAUAUUGGAUUUAAUCAGGGUAUUGGCUUGCCAUACAGAUGGUGCCAGACUCCUUGCUGUUUACAAAGAGUUCGUUCCUGUACUUACAGAUACUAAGAACCCAAAGGAACAGAAAAAAGCGUACAGAUUUUUAGAAGAAAUAUGUAGCAGCGAAAAAGAGGCCUGUAAAGAGUUCAUCCAACAGAACAGACACGGCAUUCAAAAAAUGCUCCUGAAAUCUCUGUCUUCUACUGUCGCAAGCAGCAAAGGGGCUCGUCUUCGAUGUUUGGAACAUCUUGUUAAAUCCCAACCUCAAUUGGAUCAGACAAAACUUCUGAGAUCUAUAGUACCUGAAGCUGUGCUGUGCCUCAAGGAAGUGAACGAAAGAUGUCGAGCAUCUGCGUACCAGCUGCUAAACACUAUUGCUGAGCAGCUACUUCAAACGACAAAAAAUCUUGAGAAGUACAUCGAAAUGUUGGUCGCAGGUCUUGCUGGCACUCCAACACUCUGCAGUGCAACUUUGCUCGCACUGGCCUCCGUAACUUACAAUUACAACGGCGCACUGGGAUUGGAGACCGUCAAAGAGAUAGUGAAACAUGCUUGCGUUUUAUUGACUUCGCCAACCAGGGAAAUUGCACUAUCCGCCAUUUCCUACAUCAAGGUGUAUCUCACUAUCAUGCCCUCGCCAACGGUUGCACCAAUGUUGCCCACAAUCGUGACGGCUCUCUGCGAUAUGACUGAUGAUUGUCAGAGACAUUUUCGUCAAAAAUUUCGUGACGUGCUUGUUAAAUUGAUAAGGAAGUAUGGAGCUGAUCUGAUAAUGGGAUUGGUCAAACCAACGGCCACAGUCAUGCUCAAGAGAAUUAAAAAUUUGAAAAAGAUACAAGCAAGGAAGCAAAAGAUGAAAGAUCAAAAAAAAUCAGAAACCGGAAGUAAAGAUGGUGUGGAUGAUGAGGAAUUCAAUGUCAAAGCCAGGCCGAAAACUGUUGAAGAAAUUCUGGCAGAUAGCGAUGACGAUUUUGUAGAUACAGAGACAGAUGAUGGAGUUCGAGGUCGAAAACAGAAGCUAAAGAAAAAGGCAUGGAUUCACGAAAGCGAGGAGAAUAUUGUCGACUUCGUGGAUGCUGGUGCUGCUAAAAAUAUUACUGCAACGCAACCUGGAGCUUUGGACUCCACUCAGUCGAUUAGAAAAAAGAAAGAGGGUGGUUUUAAAACGGAUGAAAAAGGUCGUUUGAUCAUCAAAGAUGAUGACAGCGAUGGCGAAAUGGAGAUAAAACCGAAAAAGUUACCCUUUCUGGGUAGUGAUUCUGAAAACAACAGUGAUGACGAAGACACGAAAUCUACUGUAUCAGCAGCGAAGACUGGUCGAAAACGGAGACUUAGCGGUAGUUUGGACGGUAUAAGUAUGCGAUCGGAUCGCCCUGCGUCAAAAUAUCAAGCUGGUGGAUCAGGUAUCCAUAGGCCGAUUACUAAAAAUACACCGAAAAAUAAUCCCGGCAGUGAGUAUUCUGCCCAAAAAGCAAGGGGUGACAUCAAAAAGAAGGGAAAACCAGAUCCUUACGCUUACGUGCCUUUAACCCGUUCGGCACUGAAUAAACGUAAGAAGAUGAAAAAUGCCGGAAGAUUUAAGAACAUCAUAUCAGGUGCUAAGAAAGGCGCAAAUGUUGGACGGAAGAAUAGAGACAGACCUCGCAAAGGAGUUGGCAGAAAAUAAUUAUCAAGGUUGAUACUAGAGAAGGAUCUCGUAGCGAAAGUACGAUGGAUUAUGAAAUAUUUCUUUGGUAGUAUUGAACGUGUAUUUGGAAUAUUACAGCUGUGCUCUUUGCCAUGUACAACCGGUUGCCCCGUAUAAUCGUUGUAUAAGGCGUAAUUAGACAAUUCUUAUACAGCUGAUAUUUUAAUUGGUUCUGUAUUACAGUCGUUUAAUAUAUUUUUCCUUGCGGUUUCCCUCAUUGUAACUGAUAACAGAAUUUUACUGUACAAUGGUGAUAUUUAUAUGUAAACAAAGAGUUGCAAUUCACUCAUAUGUAUGUAACAUAUGAACUAAACAAUGAUAUACAUACAAAUAAUAUGUUGUUACUUGUGUUAAAUAAAUUAAUUUGUUUAUA